AUGUUUUCUAAACAAUUUCUAAUAUUUUUCUCGAUUUCAUUUAUUCAAUUAAUCCAUACAAGUUCAUUAGAUAUUAUAAAUAUUCCUAAUCGGUAAGUCAAAUAAAAUAUGAGUAAUUCCAGGAUGUUCUAUUCAGGUUUCUGAAUGCAUUGAAUCGACAGAAUGCAAUCACAGGGUUAGAAAAUCUUGCACCUUGGCUGGAUGAGAAAAAUUUAACAUUAACAGUAUGCGGUGAAGUUUUGGCAAACGGUUUGGCAAAAAGUAAUUGUUUUUCAAAAAAAAAAAAGAUUAUUCUAGGUUCUACUGGAAUAAGAGGACUAGCCGAUUAUAUUGGUUUUGAGCAAAAUCGUUAUAAUCAAAGUUUCACGAACAUUUCACAAUUUCCAGUUGACCACGAUCAAGAUAAAACAGAAUAUCUACAUUUCGAAAUAACAAUGAGAAGUUCAAUGGGAUUCCAUGAUAAAAGAACAAUUAAAUUAAAAGCUGUUGAUAAAAGUGAAAUAUUCCUGUUGGAAGAUUGGUGGAUUCAGGAAAUUGAGAUAACUGGAAGUUGUGUGGAUUCGAAUAAUAUUGAUAGAAGUUCAAUAAUUAAUGAAUGGUUCCCAAAAUUGAAAUUUGUUAACAAAACUGCGCAAUUUUUCAUGAAUGAAGUUAUUCGAAAAAUUCCAUUCGAAGAUCAAAAUUUCUUUCAUAAGAAUUGCACAAUUUUUCACAAAUGGAUUGACCCAUUCUCAAUUGGUACGAUUUAUUUAUUUUGUUUUAUUGAUAUUUGUUAACAACCCAAUUUCUGUUGUUAUUUUAGAAACAUAUUUCGAAUGGCUUAAAAAAUUCAGCGCACUUUUCAAACAUCGAGCUGAAUUGAACACUUUCAUUAUUAUUGAGAGUAUUGAUCAUAUUGUUUUCCGAACUUCUCAUAUUUUUGAUGAUAAAACAAAUAGUGACAAAACUGAAGUUUGGCAUUUUAUCAUUGAAGCAACUUGUGAAGAGGAUUGGACAAUUCGACAAAUGCAAUUUAGACCAGAUUAUUAUCUAUUUGAUAUUAUUGAAAGAGAUACACAAGCAUGGAUAAAAGAACUUCAUUUUUUGAUUCAAGAGUGGGUUGUACGAAAAGCUUUAAAAAAUUGUCUCACUCCAAUUUCAGAAUUGAAAUCAUAUUUCAAAACCGACCAAAUGGAAACUUAUACGAAAUCGAAAAAUAUGGAAACGCAUUACGAUUCGAAAAUCCAGAAUUAGUUCCAAAACAUGACAACAAAACUGAUCUUUUCAUAAAAUUAUUUGAAAUUCCAUCUUCAAUGAAGCUCGAAAAAUGCGAAAAAAUGCUAAAAGAUGACGGGAAAUAUGAGACUAGAGCUAUACUUUCAGCCACUAUUAAUUGUUAUUAUAGCUAUAUUUCGAGAAAUGAUCAAAAAUUGUCAAGAAAUGUGAAAUUGGAAAUUUUUGGAUGGAUGGUAGGAUUGAUUUAGUUUGUAAUACGUAGUAAAAAAUACCAAUUUCAAGGACAUAUUCACAAUUCAAGCGGUUUUAAAGCAAAUAAAAAUAGUUGAUCAAAUAAAUAUCAAAUAUUCAUCAUUUUCAGAGUUUGUUUAUGUAAGAGAACCUUUUUCUUUAAUAAGAAAACGAAAAUUUUUUUUCAGACAGAUAUUAGUAACUAUGAAACACAUGUGAUAAGUCAUAAUGAUUUUGCAAAUUUAGUUGCAAGAUUAUUAAUUGGACAAUCAAGUUUUGAAUAUUUGAAUUGGAAAAAUAAUUUUGAAACACUUGUCGGAUUUAUUAAAAUCAAUGAUUUCAAUUUGAAAAUUUGUGGAAAAACACACAAGAAAAAUGAAAUUGAAUUUCUGAAAAUAUAUCUGGAAAGAAAUCGAAGAACAACGAAACUUUCGAAAUUUGAUGUUGAUGUAUUUACAAUUAAUUGUGGAGCCGUGGUCCACGCCUCAACAGUAAUCCACCAAUAA